AUGGGAUUCAUAAUUAACGAUGACAAAAAAAAUGAAGUAAUUAAAACGAGUCACGCAGAAGUAAAUCGUGAGGAGGCCACAAGUGACACAUAUGUGGGUGAAUCGAACAACGGGAAAAAAAAUGGAGAGCAGUGCCCAGGUGGAAAUGGACCUGUUCCAUUGAGUGAUGGUGACACCCCCGGGGUGGAACAACCCGCUGUGGGGAGCGAGCGCAAGGCGUUUGUGGACGAGACAGAGGUGAGUAACCGUCAGGGAGAGCAACUGCUAUCUCACCCACUGCGGUUAAGGCAGCAACCGCUAUCUCACCCACUGCGGUUAAAACAGUCAUCUUUGUCGCCGUCCGUGUCGUCCUCCAAUUGGGUCCACCCCAUCAACGUCCCCCUUCAGCAAUUCUCCUGUGACAACGGAAGUGAAAUUAACCCAAGGGUGAAGCAAAACAAAUUGGAGCCAAAUGGUGAAGGAGGACUGGCCCCCGAGGCAGUGGGGAAAAUGGUUUGUGCAAAAGGGGAAGUAUAUGCAGGUGUAGCGGCACAUAUCAUGGGACGUGUAGCGGCGCGUAUCUCUGGAGGUGUAACUGGGCCCCUCGAUGUAGAAGCCGCGAGGAGAAAACACCCCCGGGCGUCUGACCAGAUGCCUUCAAGUAGCGCCAAUGCGGAAGACCCAGAUGAGUCGAACAAUGUCAUAAGAAAAAAAAUAAAAAAAAAAGUGAAUGAAAACGAUCAGCUGUUUUAUGCCAUUAAUGAGUUCAUGAAGGAGGGACUGAGAAACGAAUGCAUCCCCUUGUUUGAGCGGCUGCAACAGAAUUUAUUUUUUUUAGUCAUGCUUGCGAACAUCCCAAAUGACAACUUUGAUGAGCUGGACAGCAGCUCCUCCGAUUAUUAG